AUGUCGCUCGUUCCGCCUUUCACCCUCGAGACAGCCACCGCCAAGGUUCAGCGGGCCCAGAACCUCUGGAACACCAAAGAUCCCGAGCUGGUUGCCCCAGCCUACACCGAGGAUUCGAUCUGGCGCAAUCGCGACGAGUUCCUCCAAGGCCGCGAGGCCAUCAAGUCGUUUCUGAGACGCAAGUGGAGCAAGGAAAACGGCUACCGCCUGCGCAAGGAGCUCUUUUGCUUUUCCGACAACAAGAUUGCCGUGCAGUUCUGGUACGAAUACCACGACGAUGAAGGACAGUGGUGGCGAGCCUAUGGCUUGGAGCACUGGACCUUCGACGCACAGGGCCUGAUGCAGGAGCGCCGCAUGUCUGGCAACGACGUCAAGAUCUCCGAUGACGAGCGCUGGUUCAAGACCGGGCUCGAGCGUGGACCGGAUCCAGCCCCCAAGCUGCUUUAG